AUGGCAUCUGAUUCCUCGCCAACGCCUUCAGAUUCUCCACCUUCACCAAACAUUCCCCCUCCAUCGUUGCUACCAACACCAUCGCCACCGCCACCGCCAACAACGUCACCGCCACCAUCUUCACCGCCUCCACCGGCCUCAUCGUCACCACCUAAGGACUCACCUUUGCCACCACCACCACCCACAUCACAGCCGCCAGCUUCGUCUCCACCACCUCCACCAGCCUUGUCCCUACCACCUAAGGACUCACCUUUGCCACCACCCCCACCUCCCCAUGACUCAAAUUCUUCCCCUCCCCCUCCUAGGCCUCCCCCUUCCUCUUCCAAAACCCCUUCACCUCCACCCCCACCUUCUAAUGACAAAGAUGAUUCACCAACUUCACCGCCACCCCCGCCCCCACCGCCACCUUCAACACCCAAUUCAUCCAAUGAUGCUCAGCCACCUCCUCCGCCACGACAACUCACUCCAUCAAGCCGGUCGUCACCACGCUCGUCGUCUGAUUCUGUUACGCUAUCAUCCGACAGUGGUUCGACCUCGUCCUCAACAGUGCUUAUCAUAAUAGGAGUUGCGGUAGGGGUAGGGCUGUUGCUUAUAAUUGUCAUCAUUUUGCUCUACUUGUCAUGCGCCAGAAAGAAGAAGAAACAAAAUCAGCCGCAGUACCACCCUUCUCAUCCAGCCAAUGGUGGAUGGAACAACGGCUCCAACACUAACGACCACAUACUCAAUAGACCUCCUCCUCUUCUACCUUCGCCACCCGCCAUGAACAUUAGCAGUGACCUGAGCUCCAGCUUCUCCGGCCCUCAUAGUACCCCAUUGCCACCGCCACACCCUUCCCUGGCUCUUGGGUUCAGCAAGAGCACCUUCAGCUAUGAUGAGCUAGCGGCUGCGACGGGGGGGUUCUCCCAGGCUAACCUAUUGGGGCAGGGAGGGUUCGGGUACGUGCAUAAAGGGGUGUUGCCAAACGGCAAGGAAAUUGCGGUGAAGAGUCUCAAAUCCGGUAGCGGGCAAGGAGAGCGCGAGUUCCAAGCAGAGGUUGAGAUUAUUAGCCGUGUCCAUCAUCGUCACCUUGUGUCGCUUGUUGGGUAUUGCAUUGCAGGAGGCACAAGGAUGUUGGUUUAUGAAUAUCUUCCCAAUAAAACCCUUGAAUACCACCUUCAUGGGAAGGGUCGGCCAACCAUGGAAUGGGCCACCAGGCUGAAAAUCGCAAUGGGAUCAGCCAAAGGGCUUGCUUACUUGCACGAAGAUUGUCACCCUCGCAUCAUUCAUCGGGACAUUAAAGGUGCCAAUAUUCUCCUUGACCACAGUUUUGAAACCAAGGUGGCGGAUUUUGGGUUGGCAAAGCUAAAUCAGGACAACGUCACCCAUGUGUCUACUCGUAUCAUGGGAACAUUUGGCUACUUGGCUCCUGAGUAUGCAUCAAGCGGCAAGCUCACUGAGAAAUCUGAUGUUUUCUCGUAUGGUGUGAUGCUUUUGGAACUGAUAACUGGAAGGCGGCCUGCGGAUCCCAGCGGCGACUUGGAGGACAGCUUGGUUGACUGGGCUAGACCUCUCUGCGCGCGCGCAAUGGAGGACGGGAACUUUGAUGAGCUGGCCGAUCCACGUUUGGAGAAGAAUUAUCUCCCCCAUGAGAUGGCACGCAUGGUGGCAUGUGCUGCUACAAGCGUUAGGCAUUCUGCAAGAAGGCGACCUAAAAUGAGCCAGAUUGUACGUGCCUUGGAAGGUGAUGUCUCAAUAGAAGACUUCAAGGAGAGGGUAAAACCUGGCCGCCAAAGUUCCAACUUUAGCUCUAGUACUGCUACUGGUUCUGAGUAUGAUGCCGGCUCCUACGGCGCUAACAUGAAGAAGUUUAGAAACAUGGCAGUCGUCGACGGCAAUGAAUGCGGAAGCAGCGAAUAUGAGGGCACGAGCGAGUAUGGCCUCAACCCUUCCUCCACAAGCAGUAGUGAUCACUCUCAGGAGAUGGGCAGGAAAGCGAGCGAGAAGCAUGGUCAGUACUGAUCGAUCGAGCAAACUCCAUCAAGGCUGAUCCAGCUUUUCAACUCUAGAUUCUCUAAAAUUAGUAUUGAUGGAUAUUGUUUAAUUCUUUUUGGGAUUUGGGCUUUAAACAAAUUAACUCUUUUUUAAUUUGUUUAAAAAAAAAAAAGUGUUUGAUGUGACGUAAGGAUAAAAUU